GGGUGUGGCGGUUGGCAGCAGGGUGCACAUCCUCCCCCUUUGCACACACACGAAUACAAAGAGCUGCACGACCUUCCAACCCAGCCUUCUGGGCAGUGCCAUGGGCAUGUCCCCACCGCAGAGCAUUCAAGGCCAGAUCUGAAGCUCUCCUUGCCUCCUCCAAGAGAACUAGCUGGGGAACACCAAGAAUCCCUCAUAAACCUGCAUCGUCAUGUCAUUCAGUGCCACAAUUUUGUUCUCUCCUCCCAACACCAAAGAGGCAAAAUGCUGCUGCUGCACCUGCAAGCAGGAGCCGGGGGCUCAGGCGACUACGCCGCCACCACCACCAUCUUCAUCGAGCACCCCGAUCACGGUUACAGGCACUGGGCUAGCGGUACAGUCUUCAGAGCAACUGCUCCAUGUCAUCUAUCAACGUGUAGAGAAGGCAGUGGGCCUUGCUGAGGUGGCGCUGAGCCUGGCCAAGGCCAAUAAUGAAGCCCUGAGGCGGCUGGAGGAGGAAAUGGGGACACUGCGCCGAAGGACGGCCCCUGUCGUCAAAGCCAGCCCCCUGAGUGGUCCUGAGGAGCGGCAAGAGGACAAUGAAGAGCAGAAUGAGGAGGAACAAGAGGCCGAAGGCUUCAGAAGUGGCGUCCAGGUGGUCAUUGAAGAGCUGCGGCAGCUGGGAGCGGCGGCAGGGCCACCCGGACACUUGGGUUUCUCGCCUGUGCAUCUGGGGCCUGGGGGGCUUGGCGGGGGAGCAGAAGAAUCACCCGCAGUAGAUGUCUCCAUUCAACGGGUCUAUGCCACACCACCUUCCCCCUCCUCUCAGCCUCUGGAUGAUCCUUCUCUCUCCUGCCCAGAGGUAUCCCCCAACAGCAUCACCUUGGAGGACAACAUGCGCGGGGAGCCACGUUUCUCUUUGGGCUUUGCAAGUCUUCCUUGUAGAAACCGAAGCAUGGGACAGAAGAAUGCAAGGCGCAAGAGGGACUUGGUGCUCUCGAAACUGGUCCAUAAUGUCCACAACCACAUCACCAAUGACAAGAGGUUUGAUGGCUCUGAGAGCAUUAAAUCUUCAUGGAAUAUCUCUGUAGUGAAAUUCUUGCUGGAGAAACUGAAGCAUGAAUUGGUAUCAAAUCACCACAAUUACACUGACAAAGAACUAAAAGGUGCUUGUGUGGCCUACUUUCUAACCAAACGACGUGAGUAUCGCAACUCUCUGAAUCCCUUCAAAGGACUCAAGGAGAAGGAGGAGAAGAAACUACGAAGUAGACGCUACCGGCUUUUUGCAAAUCGUUCAGGGGUGGCGCGUCUGCUGGGCCCUGAAGAGCAGCGUCUGUGGCAAGGCGUGACAGAGGAGCUCAUGUCAGAUGAGGAAGACAGCCUAAGUGAGCCAGGUGUGUGGGUGGCACGCCCCCCACGAUUCCGCGCUACCCCUCUCACUCAGCUUUGCUACCGACUUGAUGCCAACUCAAAGCAUGGCACCAAAGCUAACCGGGUUUAUGGGUCGCCCUCUGACCGCCUGCCCUCCGCUGAAGCUCAGCUCCUGCCCUUGCACCUCUACAACCCCCAUUUUCAAGAGGAAGGAGCCAGGGCGGGCACACCGCCUAGGCCGCCCAGCCACAAAGGCUUUUGUCCUGACCUCAGCUCAUUCGUUGAGAUCAAAGUGGAAAAGGAUGAGUGACCUGAGAAUGCUGAUCGUGUUUAAUAUGGCAGCCAAAAGGAAGACAAGGAGAGAAUACAGGAUCACCACCAGCUGAACUCAGUAUCUUCCCAAAGAGGAGGAGGGAAGCAAAUUGCCUGCCAUGCGCCAGGUUGCGUUUGUGGGCUGAGACGCAUCUUCGCUCCAUAAGGAGCUAUUACUUCUAGGUCAUGAUAGAGAAGAAAUGGAGGAUAGAAAGGGACACCACUGGGAGAAGGAGCCCUUCACAAAGAUGUGGCUGUUUGGUCUAUACCCAACAGGUUGAUGAUGUGAACAUGAAGAGUACAAUGUUGCAAAGGGAAUUAAGUCUUUUCUGAGCCUUCAAUAAAAGCAACCUUCAAACAUAAAUAGGAAUUUCCAUAAAAACUGACUACUUUGUGGACUGGGUGGAUCAGAAACUUUGGAGAACCUUUCACAUUACAAAACUACUCUCAGUUAUACUAUUGAGUUAAUAGUAGCGCAAAAAAAAUGAUAGUAAUGUCUGAGACGUUUUCUGAAAUUAUGGGGAUUGCUCAUUGCUUAGUCAAACUGCUUUUGGGACCACAAGAGUUAAGAGAACACUUAGAGUGCUUCUUGGUUGACUCUUCAUUGAUAGCAAUGCUUUUAAAUUAGAAACAUUUAGUGAUACCAAGUUGACUGUUCUUACCUGUAUCUGUGAAAACAUUAGGCAGGUGUGUAUUUUAUUCCUUCAUAAACCCCCCUCCUACUUGCAGAGUUCCUAUUCCUCCCUAUUGUUUGCAGGAAGAGUAAAAAUCUUGUGUAGGAACGCGAAGAAGAGCUAAGAAACAACACUCCUGGUUUUUAUUAUUGCAUUGUUGUGAUAUCUUCCCCUUUGCUAGGUUUCAGGAAUGGCUCUCUAUUGUCAAACUCCAAGUCCCCUACAACAGGAGAUAAAAAAUAUCUCUGGCUUUUACCAGCGGUAAAACACCAGGCUUUUUGGCUUUUUUAAAAAAACAUUUGCAUAUGCUAAUUCACAUAAAUGUACACUAAUUAAUUUCCAGAGGAUUAGCUGUGCUAGAAUGUUGCAGCCAAAACAGCGAAGAGUCAUUAACACUUCAUGCAUCUGAUGAAGUGGACUCUAGUUCACAAAAGUUUAUGCCGCCAUAAGUGUGUUAAGGUGCCACGAGACUCUUCAUUGUUCUUACUAAGUAAAAGUACGUGUUGACUUGCCUGGCUCAAGUUUUUAAAAGAAUUUGUUUCAAAUUAACUAUGUGUCAGUCUUACCACUGACCUGUCAUUAAACUAUGGCACUGGCUCCCAUGGGAGGCAGUGAUGGCCACCAACUAAUACUGGCUAUAAAAGAGGAUUGGACAAAUUCAUGGAGGAGGCUGAUGUUGGCUCUACUAGCCAUGAUGGCUAUGCUCUGCCUCCACAGCUAGAGUCCGUAAUGCUUCUGAGGAGGGCUCUUCUGCUUGGAUCCUGUUUGUGGGUUUCUCAUGGGCACCUGGCUAGCUGCUGUGAGAACAGGAUGCUGGACUAAAUGGCCCAUUGGCCUGAUCCAGCAGGCUCUUCUCAUCUUCUUAUGUACAUGGAUGGACUUAUGAGAAACAUAUUUUAGAGGGUGCUGUCAGGUGUGCAGACAUUGGGGGUACAAAACAGCCCCCCAAAAGAGGGCCACAGUACCAUCCUUAUGCAUACUACUGUAUCAAAAGCAUAAACUGGAUAUUUAUUGAGUCAUCACUGUCCUCUAGUGGCUUUUUUUAGAUAGUACAAAAGGAUGGAUGGUUCUUUUCCUCUCUGGCUGGGCAGACACCUGUUAUCAGUCUUUGUUUGAUCUAGAAAAAAGCAAA